CCAUUUUUCAACUCAUUUUCCUCCUCCUCUCCUGCUCGUUGGACUCUCUUCGGACCUUUCUCUCUCCACCCAAAAACCAACCCGGAUCGGGCGUCCACUGUCGCUAAAAGUUUUACUGAUUUUGAAUUGAAGAGAACUACCAAGUCAAAUAAUAUGGAUAUGGAAGACGAGUACGAGGAUAAUCAGUACAACGACGAGGAGGAGGAGAUUACCCAAGAGGAUGCUUGGGCAGUGAUCAGUGCUUACUUCGAGGAGAAGGGAUUAGUGAGACAGCAGCUGGACUCCUUCGAUGAAUUUAUUCAGAACACAAUGCAAGAAAUAGUCGAUGAAUCCGCGGAUAUUGAGAUCCGACCUGAGUCCCAGCACAAUCCGGGUCACCAGUCCGAUUUCGCUGAGACUGUGUAUAAGAUCAGUUUUGGCCAGAUAUAUCUGAGCAAGCCCAUGAUGACGGAGUCAGAUGGAGAAACUGCAACAUUGUUUCCAAAGGCUGCAAGGCUUAGGAAUCUGACAUAUUCGGCCCCCUUGUAUGUGGACGUGACAAAGAGAGUUAUUAAGAAAGGGCAUGAUGGUGAGGAAGUUACUGAGACUCAGGAUUUUGGGAAAGUCUUCAUUGGGAAGGUCCCUAUAAUGCUCCGGUCGAGUUACUGUACAUUGUUCCAGAACUCAGAAAAGGAUCUUACUGAGCUUGGAGAGUGCCCAUAUGAUCAAGGAGGGUACUUCAUCAUCAACGGAAGUGAAAAGGUUCUGAUUGCUCAGGAGAAAAUGAGCACUAAUCACGUCUAUGUGUUCAAAAAGAGGCAACCCAACAAGUAUGCAUACGUGGCAGAAGUCCGGUCCAUGGCCGAGACACAGAAUAGACCUCCCAGCACAAUGUUUGUGCGAAUGCUUUCUCGGUCUAGUGCCAAAGGGGGUGCUUCAGGCCAGUAUAUACGUGCUACCCUUCCAUACAUCCGAACAGAAAUUCCUAUCAUUAUUGUUUUUCGAGCAUUGGGGUUUGUUGCUGACAAAGAUAUACUGGAACAUAUUUGCUAUGAUUUCUCUGAUACCCAAAUGAUGGAGUUGCUUCGUCCAUCCUUGGAAGAAGCAUUUGUUAUACAAAAUCAACAGGUUGCCCUGGAUUAUAUUGGAAAAAGAGGAGCUACUGUUGGCGUCACAAGGGAAAAGAGGAUUAAGUAUGCUAAAGAGAUUCUUCAGAAAGAAAUGCUCCCACAUGUUGGGGUUGGAGAAUACUGUGAAACAAAGAAAGCAUACUAUUUUGGCUACAUCAUCCAUCGGCUUUUGCUGUGUGCACUUGGCCGGAGGGCAGAAGAUGACAGAGACCAUUAUGGAAACAAAAGACUGGAUCUUGCUGGUCCAUUGCUUGGUGGCCUGUUUAGAAUGCUGUUCAGAAAAUUAACCAGGGAUGUCAGAGCUUAUGUUCAGAAGUGUGUUGACAACGGAAAAGACGUUAACCUGCAAUUUGCAAUCAAAGCAAAAACUAUAACCAGUGGCCUUAAAUACUCACUUGCCACUGGUAACUGGGGGCAAGCAAAUGCAGCGGGUACAAGGGCUGGUGUUUCACAGGUGUUAAAUCGUUUGACUUAUGCCUCAACUUUAUCACACUUGCGGAGGCUAAAUUCUCCAAUAGGGCGUGAAGGGAAACUGGCCAAACCAAGGCAAUUGCACAACUCGCAGUGGGGAAUGAUGUGCCCAGCAGAAACGCCUGAAGGACAGGCGUGUGGACUUGUGAAGAAUCUAGCUUUGAUGGUGUACAUAACAGUUGGUUCAGCAGCAUAUCCCAUUCUGGAGUUUUUGGAGGAAUGGGGAACUGAGAAUUUUGAGGAAAUUUCACCUGCAGUCAUUCCACAAGCUACAAAAAUCUUUGUCAAUGGUUGUUGGGUUGGUAUCCACCGUGACCCUGAUAUGUUGGUCAGGACCCUGAGGCGUCUGAGAAGACGGGUUGAUGUUAACACAGAGGUUGGUGUAGUUCGUGAUAUUCGUUUAAAGGAACUGCGCAUCUAUACUGAUUAUGGCCGCUGCAGUCGUCCAUUAUUUAUUGUGGAAAAGCAAAGGCUUCUGAUUAAGAAGAAGGAUAUUCAAGCCUUGCAAGCAAGGGAGUCCCCAGAAGAAGGUGGCUGGCAUGACCUUGUGGCCAAGGGAUUCAUAGAAUACAUCGACACUGAAGAAGAAGAAACCACUAUGAUUUCAAUGACCAUUAAUGAUCUUGUAACGGCGAGGCUGAAUCCUGAGGAGGCCUAUUCUGAUACGUAUACGCAUUGUGAGAUUCACCCAUCACUCAUUUUGGGUGUUUGUGCUUCAAUUAUACCAUUCCCUGACCACAAUCAGUCUCCUCGUAACACGUAUCAGUCUGCCAUGGGUAAGCAAGCGAUGGGAAUAUAUGUCACAAACUACCAAUUUCGCAUGGACACUUUGGCCUAUGUGCUAUAUUAUCCUCAAAAACCACUUGUUACUACUCGAGCCAUGGAGCACUUGCACUUCAGGCAACUACCUGCUGGCAUCAAUGCAAUUGUUGCCAUUUCUUGCUACUCUGGAUACAACCAAGAAGAUUCUGUCAUUAUGAAUCAGUCGUCUGUUGAUCGUGGAUUCUUUCGAUCUCUGUUUUUCCGAUCGUACAGAGAUGAGGAGAAGAAGAUGGGGACUUUAGUCAAAGAGGACUUCGGGCGCCCAGAUAGGUCUAACACCAUGGGCAUGCGACAUGGUUCUUAUGAUAAAUUGGAUGAUGAUGGUCUCGCCCCACCAGGAACGAGAGUUUCAGGUGAGGAUGUGAUCAUUGGGAAGACCACUCCUAUUCAUCAGGAUGAUGCUCAGGUUCCAUCAGCAUUAGCUACUCGAUACACCAAGCGUGAUCAUAGCACAAGUUUGCGCCAUAGUGAGACUGGUAUGGUGGAUCAGGUCCUACUCACAACAAAUGCUGAUGGUUUGAGGUUUGUUAAAGUGAGGGUGAGAUCUGUUCGCAUUCCGCAAAUUGGAGACAAGUUUAGCAGUAGGCAUGGUCAGAAGGGAACUGUAGGCAUGACCUACACUCAAGAAGAUAUGCCGUUCACUAUUGAAGGAAUAACCCCUGACAUUAUUGUCAAUCCCCAUGCUAUUCCUUCUCGAAUGACAAUUGGUCAGCUGAUUGAGUGUAUCAUGGGUAAGGUUGCUGCGCACAUGGGAAAAGAGGGAGAUGCUACGCCUUUUACUGAUGUCACUGUAGAUAACAUCAGUAAAGCCCUGCACAAAUGUGGAUACCAGAUGCGUGGUUUUGAAAGAAUGUAUAAUGGUCACACUGGGAGACCUUUAACGGCCACUAUUUUCCUUGGGCCUACUUAUUACCAAAGGCUGAAGCACAUGGUUGAUGAUAAAAUCCAUUCUCGUGGGAGAGGCCCAGUUCAGAUCCUCACCAGGCAACCAGCAGAAGGGCGAUCACGUGAUGGUGGUCUCCGAUUUGGAGAGAUGGAGAGAGAUUGCAUGAUCGCCCAUGGUGCUGCUCACUUUCUUAAGGAAAGAUUGUUUGACCAAAGUGAUGCAUACAGGGUCCAUGUUUGUGAGCGUUGUGGGUUGAUUGCGAUUGCAAACUUGAAGAAGAAUUCUUUUGAGUGCAGAAGCUGCAAGAACAAAACUGAUAUAGUCCAGGUUCACAUUCCAUAUGCCUGCAAACUGCUGUUCCAAGAGCUCAUGUCAAUGGCCAUAGCACCGAGAAUGCUGACAAGGGAUAUCAGACAAAUCAAAGAGCAGCUGAAGAGAGGGAUUUGAUGCUCGUUGCCAGUGCUAUGGUUGUAUUGGGAGAGUAAAAGGUUAUAGAAGAUGGUGAUCGUAAUAGAACAUGUUAUCUUUCACGCGUGAACGUCGUCUUUUAAUAAUUGGUCAUUUGGUGUUACUUUGGAUGAAAUCUUGGCUAGGCAACUAGUUUUCUUUGGUGUUAGCAUCUUCUGAGAAGUCGGAUGUAAUGUAAUAACCUACUGUUGUUGUAUCACGUUGUAAGUUGUAUCCCCUGUCAUUCCUGGGUUAAUUGGAAGAUGCUUUCACGGAGCAGGAGAGAUGAUGAGUAGGGCGUGGUAGAUUUCUGUUUGACAAAAUCUGUGUUGGCAUCUCAUUAUUGCCAGAACAUUUACUGGCGUAUGCUCAAACGUAUUCUGAAUGGUCCAAGAUCCUUCACGACCAUGUUACAAUCA